AUAAUUUGUAACGUACAUGACAUUACACAUGUCUUCUGCUUCGGCUGUCCUCUACAUCUAAUCACUCAAAGUGCUUGAUAUUACGCGAACCGAUACUGACAGCAAGCAAAGAGUGAGUUGAACUGAAUGUAGGACAUCUGAAGAGUUGGCCAUGACUGCUCGAGGAACACCGAGUCGUUUUUUACAGAGCGUUCUUCACAAUGGAGUGGGUCGCUAUGUUUGUCAGCUGAAGCGAAUAUCUCUGAUCUUCUCGAAGAAAGGCCAGGGAUCUUUAGGAGUCAGGGAUUUCAUUGAAGAAGGUGUGGUCGACUUUGCUAAGAGUAGCCCAGGAACUGUGGUUUACAUUUCCCCUCAGUCCUGCAGAAUUACCAAAAUAGUAGCUGAAUAUUUGAACGGUAAUGUGAAGGAGGAGACGGUCACCAACAAAACAUCACAGGAAAUUGCCGAACUUAUAACCAAGCUGUCCAAUCAAUCAGGACUGGACAUCAUCCGUAUUCGUAAACCCUUCCACACAGACAGUUCUAGUAUCCAGGGCCAGUGGCACCCCUUCACUAAUCGACCCCCCAGCAUUGAUCCAGUCGGCUCACAGACAAAAUAAGGACUUUGCAUAGUAUUUAUUAUCUGACUGAUGUUCUGACCUAUUAGAGGAGCUGUUAAUGUUUUAAUUAAUGUUUUCAGCAAUUACCUGUUAUUAGACUGUUCUGUUUGAUUAUGACAGAUGUCACAGAUCAUCUGUGGCUUUAUAAAGUUUAUAUAACAAUGAAAUUGUGCUUAAAUAAGAUUAAUUGCUUUUCACAUUUAUGUUGGCCCCUUAUAAUGCUCAUCCACUGAGAAAUAUAACAUUUAUUUGAGAAAUAAAGUUUUGAAAAUAUGA